AUGUCGGCUCUUUACGAGAGUGUCAAUGCGAAUCGGCAGGAAACGUGUCAGAUAUGUGAAAAAGUCGUAUACUUGGCAGAGCGUAUGCAAGUAGAAUCAAUGUUUGUUCAUAAGAACUGCUUUCGCUGCUCUUAUUGCAACCAACCCCUGCGACUAGGAGAAUGUGGAAAGGAUAAGGAUCUUGACUUCCACUACCCAAGAAGAUUUUUCUGCAAAACUCAUUUGCGUUUGCCGUUAAAGGAGAAGAUUUCGCGCAUCGAGCGGUGCGCACGAUUGAUGGAGAAGAAUAAUAGCCGCGAUGGGAUACUGACCAGUUUGAAUCCAGGAAGCGCCUCGUUCUAUUCUCCUAAUGUUACAAAACGGAAGGAUCUUGUGCCCGCAAGUGAUCAACCUGUUCAACACACUGCCACACUCAGUUUUUUCCCUGCUGAGCAUCUUCGAGAUAGAACUGUUCAGAGAAUGCGUGACAACGUAAUGGGUGGCCCGAUUUCGCCAGUUUCUGAAGUUCCCUCUGUUGAUGACCGAACACCUGAAAGAGCCGAAUUCAGUAAUCAUCUGCGGAAAUCUAGCACAGCGUCAUGCGUUGAUCUUGUACAGCCUCAGAUCGAGAUGGAUUCACUAAGUUCUACUUCUGAUUCCGAAGGGGAAUUGGACGAAGGUAGGAACAGUUCUGCCGCCUCUGUUAGCGAGAACGAUGCGAGUAUUUCCGAUGAGGAAGGGGAUGAGCUAGGAGAAGGGGAUCUCGAAGAACUCGAAAGAACAGUGCUGCAGUAUUCUGAAGAAGAUCCUGACCGACCCUUUACAGAAGAGCAGGUAGUGUCUGUCAUUGAGAGGAUAAAUCGUCGAAGGAACCCACCUAUGAGCACACCUGGAAAUUCUGCGAGUUUAUCUCAGAGAAGCGACUAUACUACUGUCGAAUCCUUCCAUACUCCGAUGGAGCGCUUUACGCAUAGCGGUUGCAGUCGUGAUCCUGGCAUCAGUGGUCGAUCUUCAGAUUCAACGUCAAACGGCAACUCGGAUCCAGACAUUUUCGCUACUCCUCCAUCAACUGUACUGGCUGGUGACAUUAAGAAGGUGAGGAAGGCUGCUGAUUUGGAGCGUUUGCGGACCGAGUCUAGAUUAAAAGCUAAAUUGAAGACUGAUGAAGAACUGGGACUGGGCCACGAAAAAUCAGUGUCUGUCGUUGAUGAAACAACACCUUCAUCGGUCCGUUCUGGGGCAGUCCUUCAGAACGUUCAAGGAGCUAAGGUGGGCUUGGAAAAUGAUCAAGUACUCUCCAAACGAGGCGGGCUGUUCGUUGAGGAGCAGAGCAUUUUGGAAGAUCGAUUGCAGUUGUCGAACAAGGGAGAAGUCAAGGAGGAAGCGAAACAAUCCACUGCAAUCCAACAAACUACGUACGAGGACGCUGGCUUGCGGCCACGUUCAUCUGUCCCUGACUCGGCGUUAAAUAUGCAGCACGCUGUGAACCGUUAUAACCCUAAUGAUGUGGUGCAUUCUGAAAGCCGUAAGGAAACCAACAUCCUUGCUAAUUCGUUGCAUCGUUUCAAAAUGAGGCGUGAAGCCCAUUCAAGAGAUGCCCAUUCUUCUUCCCCUACAAGUUCAUCGUGCACAUCUCCUCAUCCAACCAAUACUUUACCAGGAACUGAGUUGGAAAGUCGCGACGUACCGCUAGCGGCUGUAGCACCGUCUCCUCGACUGGACUCUGAUGAAGGUGAAUCAUCUGCUCACAUCUCACUGAACGAGCGGAAUAUACGUCUUUUCCAGAGAAGAGCGGAAAAGAUCAGAAGGCAACAUGAUGAUGAACGCCGUCGAGGAGCGCAAGAAAUACAACGUGGGUUGCAAGAGUGUGAAAUACGCCUGGAAGAGAUAAAGUCUAUUGGACAGUCUCUAGAACUGAAGCUCAUUGAAGAUCCUGAAAACGAAUGGGCAAUGGACUCAUGGUUUGCUCUUGUGCAUGAAAGGGAGCUUCUCAAGAGUAAGGAAGAAAUGUUGCGGCUCAGCAAAAGAGAAGUGGAACUUGAAGUUAAGUACCGAGACCUGAAUAUGCGCUUCAAGCAGCUGGGUGAAGGAAUGAACGAUAACCUCACUGCAAAUAGUGAUCUUCUGGCAGCGAUGUUGGCUGUCGUUGAAGAAAAGAAGGAAGUAAACAGGCUCUGUGGGAAACAAGAAACUCCCAGCAGCAAUAUCUCUAAGAAAUCUCGUUUUUCGAAGAGGAAGAAGAAGCGUAGGUUGCUCAGUGAAACACAAAAUACAAAAGAGGAUGAGAAAGAAAAACAAGAGAACUCUGUUGAGCUGAUAUCUCAAGAUUUGGUUGCUGAUGUGAAACGAGAAGUGAUAGACCGUCUUUUGCUUACGCCAUUGUUGCUCAAGUUGUCCUUGGUUGAUGCCUCGUGGGACGAGCUUUGCGUUGAACGAUUGAAACGUGCAAAAUGGAAUAAGCCUAUGAUUGAAAUCGCAUGCUUCUUCCGCAAUAAGAACCCAUUCUUGCGAACUUUUGUAAACGUAGAAGAGCAAGGAAACGUAUAUGCAAAGACAUUCCAUGAUGAAGUCAGACUUCUGGUGCGGAAGUUGCGCUAUUUGAUGGAGGCCAAGUGGAAAUCCGAAGAAGAAGAAAGCCCAUUCAUGCUUGAGAGUUUCACUCCAUAUGCACUCGGUUGGUUGUGUUCCUACUCUGAGGAACAGCUGCCAAGGUGUCCCGUAAUUCUGCAAGAGAAAAUUCGUGAUCUUUUCCUACGAGAUUUCCCCAGAACAUCUGAAUAUAUUUAUUCUCCAUCAUUUCUAAAAUCGGAGACAUUCAUUGAUAUGGUUGCUUCUCGAAGGGACGUUAUUACAACACUGAAUUUGGGAGAUUUGGAGCUAAACGAUCGAUCACUGGUGAGACUGAAAUUUCCCAAUCUUAAAGAGCUGAUAUGGCAUAAUGCGGAUAUGUUAGAGUUAUCGGCUCUUUUCAAGUUCAAUCAACCAAAGUAUGAAUGCUUCAAGCUCGAUAUCACUCAUCUCAAGUUGUAUUGUCAUGCAAUGCCUGUUGUAUCGCUGGACUACUACUUACCACAGCUAAUGAUGGGAAUUAAUGAUGCGAUGACCUCCAUUCAUAGUUUGGAUUUAUUCGUUCACUGCGCAUUUUCGGCGUCAAUGCCAACUUCAUGGGUGUUGGAGGGACAUCAGAAGAACUCAUGCUCCAAAUUGAGAGAUCUCACUCACUUUUCUUUUCAUAUCGAUGGAUUUUGUGUUUUUUAUGAUCUCGAUUGUCAUUUGCCACCGUCGCUUACAUGCGUCUCAAUAUCUGUAACACUUCCUCCAGUUGGAGCACAACGAUCCGUUUCGUCAUUGAUGGCCUUUGUGAAACGACUUGCUAACGUUAACGCUUAUCCAGAUCUGGAGGAAUUGCAUCUACAGGUAUGGGGAAUUCGAUGUGCUGAACAAUUGUUGAACCAAGUUGCUGACUAUCUCAGCGAUGUUCGACGUCUAAGUAUAAUCGCAAUGCCUGUGUCAGAACAACGAGAACGUCUCAUCGACCUCAUUCGUCAUGUUGCUUCCUCAUGCCCUCGACUUGUUUCUCUUAAGCUGAGUGUGGAAAUGAUGCUGAUUCUCGUUGAGGAGUAUGGAGAUCUGUGGAAACACAAUUGGCGAUUAGCCAUAGCUCGUGUGGCAGCAGAUUGCGGCAUGCGAGACUCGUGCGAUUUCGGAAUUGAUGCCCUCCCCCAUGUUUCUGGAUGUGACGAAUUCAUCGUGAAACCUACUUAUCCGAAGGACUCCAAUAUCGAGCUGGAUUUAGCUGGCCUCGUAGGAUUUGAGGACGAGGAGGAGGAGGAGGAGGAGAGUAGAGCGAAUUAUAUGCAGGACAGCGAUAGUUGCUCAAACGACUCUUUUGUUGUUGAUGAUGAGGGCGAAGGAUCAGAAGAAGAGGAAGAGGACGAAAUAGAUCUCCUUGAUCAAGAACUUGAAAGUGAAACGGAUCGUCGUCAUCAAAGAUAUCUGAAAAAGAAAUCUCGCUUGCCUUCCAGUUCCUCUGAAGAAGAGCAAGCUGAUGAGGAUGAUGAAGAUGGAAGCGACGUUGAAUAUGUGACAGAUUAUGAGGAUGAAGAAAAUGAACAGCAGCAUCCACUGAUUGAUGGCGAAGCGGAGGAAGUUGAGAGUGAUCUGGAAUCUGAAGAAGAAUCUGAAAGAGAGCCAGAAGGUGAUGACAACGAGCUCAGCAGUGAUCAAGGAAUGCUGGAUAGGGAAGCAGAAGAAGUAGAAAGCGGCUUAGAAUCCGAAGAUGGGAGUGACACAGAACCAGAAGGCGAAGACGCAGCUUUCAGCAGCGAUCAAGAAAUGCUUGUGAACUGUUCAUGCAUACUCAUUUCCGGAGAACCGAUUAACGCUACUGAUGAGGUGUUUAUGUACUUUAUGGGCCAUCAGUUCCCAUUCUACCUAUUUAGUCAGGCACGAAUAUCCAUACUGUUAUUGAUUGCUUAUCGAUUUACGUCUUCAUUAAAUCCAUGCAUGGUCGACAGAGACGCAUGUCUUCCCAUCGAGGAUUUCGAGGUGAACUGCUCAUGUAUACUCAUCUCCGGAGAACCGAUUAAUGCUACUGAUGAAGUGUUUAUGUACUUUAUGGGCCAUCAGUUCCCAUUCUACCUAUUUAGUCAGAUAUUCCGAGAAAAGCUUAAUCUGCGGAUACCAGCAGCCCACGAUUUUGAGACGUCGCUGGACAUGCCAGAAGCAAUUUAUAAGAAUCUUCGAUUUGAGGAAAAUAUGGCGCUGUUUCUCAUCAACUCUUCGAGAACGACCGAUAUCAUACGAAUGCUCAUAAACGAAAGUUACAUACGUACUCGAGAAAUGCGGGAGAACUCAGAUAAAUGGUGUACUGAGGGCGAAUGUGCAGUCUUCCUACAUGCUGAAGAGCCAUUCAACAAAACUGUAGGUAUCUACGCACAGACUGUGGAUCUCUUUCACGUUGUGGAACUGGGUGGUCGAUCCAUUGUUGCAGUUUCUUCUGUCUACGCUGAUUUUGAAGUGCCUAAGGUGCAUGAAAUAGUUUGCAAGAACAAGUGCCGACGAUUCUAUUGGAAUGAGGGCAUACUGUGUCGACAACAAUGUUCCCAAGGCUUGCGUUACGAUCAAGUUGCUGUUACCGGUACGCUGAAGCGCAAUUUCGUGAACUUCGUUCGAGCUGCGGCCGUUCAGAACUUCAGAGCAAAAUAUUCGAAAUACCUUCACUGA